ACCCUCCUCUCCCUCCACUCUCUCUCUCUUCUUUCUCUCUCUCUUCUGCAAUGGACAAUCGAAAAGAGAAAGAUGGGUGGAUGUCAGUUCCACAAUUUGGGGGGUGGGAGCACAAGGCAGGUGGUGCAGUCGAUUACUCGAUGGUAUUCACGAGAGCGAGAGAGAAUCGGAAGCAGAUUAAGACCGACGUCAACCGGGCCAGCAUAGGCAACGAGGAGGAGCUCAUGACGCAUCACCGCCACGACGGCUCGCCAAUGAGGAAGAAGAUCCUAAGCUACUUCAACUGCUGUAUAAAGGCUUGAAAUCUUUCCUAGUAGCUGGAAUCCUAUCGCUUUUUGGCCGUCGCGACCGACUGGUUCGGUGGCCCGGAGUGAUGCUCUGGCGAGCUUGUUACUACAACCUGUACACAUUAAUGGUGUAUUCUUUGAUUGUCAAACUGGAUUAGGUUUCUGAUUUGUGUCUGUUUAGCUCUAUUUGUGAUUCAUUUUUACAGAAAGAAUUAUCUCUUUUAAACAAAGAAUAAAUGCUUGUACGUGAUCUAUGGAAAUUCAUGUGCUUAUUCUCACUAUUAAACAA